GGGGGGGCAGGGGGGGUACGAGUCACUUCGAGAGAGCGCGAGAGAGAGAGACUGCAGUAAAACACCACCGGCUGAUGCCGAAUUAAACCACGGCCCCUGAACGCACCGGGCUCCUCCAGGUGAGCGCGUGAUAAUUCUGCAUCGACGUCGAUCGCGCGCCGGUUCGUCCCGGUGAUUUGACGGAAACCCCUCACGCGGCGCCCCGCUGCGCUUCUCUGCGAGGAGGUCGGUUCUCCCGGUUCUCCCGGUACCGGAGCUCUGAGCCUCGUUUUCUUUAUUCUUCUUUUACCUGCUGCAGCGCGCGAGGAGGAAGCGGACGCACCGAACAGCUUUCUGGGACAUCCAUGUAUUUUUCCGGUCUGGUGGCACAGGGAUCCCCGGGGACGCGGACGUAGUCCUCCUCCUCCUCCUCCUCCUCCUCCUCCAACCCCCCCUCAGAUGGGUUAAGGAUCGGUUUGCUCCCCCUAAGUCUCCGCCCGUGCACCUGUCCUCCCCUACCUGCGGGGGGCUGUAUGAUGUAGCCCCCACCUCUGCUCCGUCUCUCUCUGCAUCACCCCCCCCCCUCCUCCCCCCUCCACCCUCCCCCCCACCAUGCCGGCGGGGAUGAAGCCGCUGGAGAAGUUCCUGAAGAAGCAGACCACGGCGCUGACCCGGGCGGGGGGGUUUGUCGGCGGGGUAACGGAGAAGGCCGGGGCGGGCACGGGGGCGUCCCGCCGCAGGGCCAGCCUGUCCCGGGUCGUGCCUUUCUUCCGGGAGACGUCACCGGAGAGCGGGCAGCCCAGGGAGGUGUUCAGCCCCGACAGCGAGGACCCCCCCUCCUGGCCCCCGGCGACGGGGCCCGGCCCGGCGGCGCCGCCCCCCGGAGACGUCCGCAGUCCGUCGCUGUCCAGCGACGAGCAGAGCUCCGAGGCCAGUCUGCUGGCGGAGAGCGGGGGGGGCGGCGGGGGGGGCAGCGGGGGGGCGCCGCUUCCCUCCGACACGCCGGACAACCUGACGCUCGCGCUGCUGGACAGCGCGGCGGGAAAACGCCCUGGAGUCUGUACAGAAACCCUGCUGGAUGACUUCCUGCUGACGCAUCCCAUCUUCCUGGCAGCCGACAGGUUCCAGCAGGUCCUGAUGCAGCAAUUCAGUCUGGAAACGCAGGGCGAGGAGUGUGGAGGCGGCGAGGAGGCGGCGAGGAAGCGGGCAGUUCUGAGUGUGGUGUUCAGGUACCUGGACACCUACAGAGAGCUGCUGCAGGAGGAGGGGGAGCGCAGCAACAGCUUCCCCAAGGAGCUGUACUUGUGUGCGGUUCAGGAGCUGAGUCAGUACCCUGAGCUCGUGGAGGACGUCCUCAAACUUCAGCGAUGGACUGAGAUCUUACACACACCUGUGUGUGUGUGUAGCUCUGUUGAGGAGAAGGAGAGCAGGAAGAAGCAGGUCCGUCCUCUCUUCAGACACUUCAGACGGAUCGACGCCUGUCUGCAGCCCCGAGAGGCGUUCAGGGGCUCCGACGAGAUCUUCUGCAGGGUCUACACCCCCGACCACUCCUACGUCACCAUCCGCAGCCGCCUGUCCUGCCGAGUCGGGGAGAUUCUGGCUCUGGUCCGAGAGAAGCUGCAGUACAGCGAGGACCAGCCGGUCCUGCCCGGGAACCUGGUCCUGGUGGCCGUGACCUCGGCCGGAGAGAAGGCCGUGUUCCGACCCAGUGACGAAGCCGUCUUCACCACGCUGGGAGUCAACACUCACCUGUUCACCUGUGAGCCCAGUGAGCUGGACUCCCUGCUUCCUCUUCCUGAGGAGAUCCACUGGACGCCCGGGGACAGCAAACUCCACGACAUGUCAGCAGAGGAGGUCGCCACUCAGCUGGUGGUGUUCGACUGGGAGCUCUUCAGCUGUGUGCACGAGGUGGAGUUUGUGUGCUACGUCUUUCACGGGGAGCAGUCGCGCUGGCGCCCCCUGAACCUGGAGCUGGUACUGCAGCGCUGCAGCGAGGUGCAGCACUGGGUCGCCACGGAGAUCCUGCAGUGUCAGUCGCUGCCAAAGAGGGUGCAGCUGCUCCGCAAGUUCAUCAAGAUCGCAGCACUCUGCAAGCAGCAGCAGGACCUGCUGUCCUUCCUGGCGGUGGUUCUGGGUCUGGACAACCCGGCGGUGAGCAGACUGCGACUCACCUGGGAGGGUCUCCCAGGGAAGUUCAGGAAGCAGUUUCAGCAGUUUGAAAGCGUCGCAGACCCGUCCAGAAACCACAAGGCCUACAGAGACCUGAUCACCAGCCUGAGACCUCCACUGAUCCCCUUCACUCCUCUGCUGCUCAAAGAUCUGACGUUCCUUCACGAGAGCUGUAAGACGUUUCACGGAGAACUCGUCAACUUUGAGAAGAUGCACAAAGUAGCCGACAUGGUGAGGAUCAUCAGGCGCUACAGGAGCAGUCAGCUCGCCAUGGAUACGGAGACGUCCCCCCCCCACCUGCAGACAAAGGCCUACGUCCGUCAGCUGCAGGUGAUCGACAACCAGAACCUCCUGUUUGACAUGUCCUGCAAGCUGGAGCCCAAAGACCCAUAGAGAAGAGGAGGAGGAAGAGGAGGAUGCUCUUGUUCAGGCAGCUGGUGCCUAGGAACCAUAAAGAGGAGGAUGGAGGGAGGUCUUCUGCUUCUGUCCCUGGAGUGUCCUCACUUCCUGUCCACUAACCCUUAGAAGAGCAGUAGAGAUCUACAUUAUAGAAAGAGAAGAAGAGUCGUCGCCCCAGUUGUAAAGAGACAGAAUAUUAGCAGGAAUAAAAUCUAAAUAAUGAGGUUAUUAUUAAGACUUUAUUUACCGUAUCAGUUUAAUUAAGAUAUAUACAUAAAGUACAGUAAACACCUUAUAUUGUUUUAAUUUCAUAAAUCCCUCGUAACACAAACUUUAACUUCAAAUAAAUCAGGAUGUUCUAAAAACAAACCCUAUAUAAUUGUAAUGAUAAUACAACAGACCUUUCCAAUUAUUGGCAUUGAUAAAGUUAAUAAUUAAAAUUAAUGAGCUUUUAUCCAAAGCGACUGAAGACCCUCCACAGGGCAGCAGGACACUCAUCACUCCUUUGGUUUAAAGAUCUACGUUUGACUGAGAAUUCUCAGAAUAUUUCUCGUUCUUUUACAACCUGAAACCUCGUCAGUAGCCCCGCCCCCUGCUGCGGGCUGACCAAUCAGACAAGACCUUGAGUGGGCGGAGCUGAGGACAAGCUUUAUCUCCAAUAUGUUGUUUUUUCUGGGGAUGUAGGAACAUCUGAACAAUAAUCCCAGGUUACGGAUAAACAUUUCAGGAUUUCUAUUUUUCCAUCAAACCAAACUGUGGAUUCGAGAGGGGGGGGGGGGCUGGGGCGCCGGUCGCGGUGCGUUCGUGGGCAGUGGGAGACGAGAGCGAAUAGAUGCUGGUUUUCUACCAAACAUUCGCCGAUUGUUUUUUCUUUUUGUUUUCAGAAAACCUCGAUGCUGCCAUUAAGCGUUUAAAGUUCUCUUUAAAGGACCAAACCGCUGCUUUUGUGUGGGGUAAUCAAUUAAGUAGGGGAGCAAUCGCUAACAGCUAAUGGCUAACAGCUAACAACUAACCAAGAUCGCCAUUGGAACAAAAGCUCUAAGCUCAUUAUAAUAAUGACAAUAAAAAUAGAAUAUUUAAUGUCAUUUGAGAAAGAAAAAUACAAAAAACUGUUUAUGAUCCGUUGCUCCUCUGGUGUACAAACUAAGAUGUCUUCAAUAACCAAAUUGGAUUUGAAUUCAAAACUAUUAAUGUUUCAUAUUUCUUUCUCAGCUGGUUCCAGAGUUUCCACUAUUUAAAACUAACGUAAACAACGUGUGUAUGGUCCUUUAAGAAAAGUGAACUGCUGAUUGGACCGAUGGUCACAUGGUCACUUGACAGAGGACGUCACGCCUGAGAGACCAAUACAGACGCUUCUUUUGAUUCUGUCUCAUCGACCAAUCGGCUGCGGUUCAGUCCGAGGCAAUAACAAGUGAAGCCACUUGGUCGACUUUUCGCAGCAACAAAGCACUUUUUGCCAAACCUCAGGAUUCAGAGACAAUGAGAGGUUUUGUUUACUCUUUAUUAAAUAUUCCUUUCAGUAGAGUCCGUUCAGUUGAGUCCAGCUGUGAUGCAACCGAUUGGUUUUGUGUUUGUACAGCUGAUCGCACGUCAGCCAUAUUUACUACGACAAUAGAAACCUACACGGUUGUUUUCUUUCCUGCUUUACUUUGGUUUCUUCUUCGUGCUCCGAAGAGCUUCUCUCCCCAAUGGCGGACCCAUUGAUGAGGACGGCAUGCACAUGCUGCGACAUGCUACGACCUGCUACGACAUGCUACGACAUGCUGCGACCUGCUACGACAUGCUACGACAUGCUACGACAUGCUGCGACCUGCUACGACAUGCUACGACAUGCUGCGACCUGCUACAACAUGCUGCGACCUGCUGCGACAUGCUACGUCAUGCUGCGACAUGCUACGACAUGCUACGACAUGCUGCGACCUGCUACGACAUGCUACGACAUGCUACGUCAUGCUGCGACAUGCUACGACAUGCUGCGUCAUGCCGCGACAUGCUGCAACAUGCCGCGACAUGCUACGUCAUGCUGCGACAUGCUACGACAUGCUGCGACAUGCCGCGACAUGCUACGUCAUGCUGCGACAUGCUACGACAUGCUGCGUCAUGCCGCGACAUGCUGCAACAUGCCGCGACAUGCUACGUCAUGCUGCGACAUGCUACGACAUGCUGCGACAUGCUACAACAUGCUACGUCAUGCUGCGACAUGCUACGUUGUGCUGCGACAUGCUGCGACCUGCUGCGACAUGCUACGUCAUGCUGCGACAUGCUACGACAUGCUGCGUCAUGCCGCGACAUGCUGCAACAUGCCGCGACAUGCUACGUCAUGCUGCGACAUGCUACGACAUGCUGCGACAUGCUACAACAUGCUACGUCAUGCUGCGACAUGCUACGUUGUGCUGCGACAUGCUGCGACCUGCUGCGACAUGCUACGUCAUGCUGCGACAUGCUACGACAUGCUGCGUCAUGCCGCGACAUGCUGCAACAUGCCGCGACAUGCUACGUCAUGCUGCGACAUGCUACGACAUGCUGCGACAUGCUACAACAUGCUACGUCAUGCUGCGUCAUGCCGCGACAUGCUGCGACAUGCUACGUUGUGCUGCGACAUGCUGCGACCUGCUGCGACAUUCUCUAAUUGCAAACAGAUUUUUAGACAGAGAGACAUAAUAUUUUGAGAUAAACAGAUGUUUGAAACAUAAAAACAAUUGUAAUACGAUGUUUAUUGUAAUACAUAAUGGACCUUUUUGUUUGAUGGGAUGAAACUCUUCACAGCAUUACGACAGUUCACCUGUUUGCCUAAAUUGUAUGAAAAGGUGUAAAAGUUUUCAAUAUGUGCUCCGCUCUUGUGGCAGUGAGACUUUGUUCAUUCUCCAUCUGUAUCAUAACUUCCUGUGUGGAAAAGAUCAGAGACGGCGAUCUCGUCCACUUCCUGUCCAGGUGGAACCUCUGGAGACACUUUAAGACCCAACCCACACUUAAAGUUUACUUUAUUCUUAUUUAUUUAGUUUUUAUGGCCUGACUCUUGUUUUGGUAGUUUAGGGACGUCAUGGACAAAGCGAAACUAUUUUAAUAGUAAUCCAUCCUAAGCUCAAGAAGUUGUUAUUUAGCUCAUCUUUUACAUCUUAAACAUUUAUCUAGCGACUUGAUUCUGGAUGAGACAAAAUCUGUGAACCAUCUCAACAACAACUUCACUAUCUGAACUCUUUCUAAUGUGGAGCCUUAAAACCUUUUUAAAGAGAGUUCCAAGUUUCCAGAACGCGAUUCAACAUUUUUCUGAAAAUUCCAGAUGUAUUUUUUGAGAACCGAGGCGUUCAUCCAGUGAAGAUGACGUCACCUCAGGACCACCUCCUGGGCGUCGCUCCACAGAACUGUUGAGUUAAACCCACCGGACCUUCCUGUGAUUCGGACCAAUCGUAAAUCUUCUGGGAUCUAUGAUAUGGGGGGGGGGGUCUCCGGGGUCGAGGCCGUCGCCGUGGCGCCCGCGUGAAAACACGUGUAAAUAACGCAACCCUGUAAAUAGGCAAAAACUAACGGAGACUCUAUUUUAUGUAUGAGCCGACUCAAGGAGAAACAUUUGAUCCGAGGUUUUUUAUUUGUAAAAGAGAACGUGUACAGGAAGAAAGAAAUGAUGAAUUUAUGACUUUAUGAAUUAUACACUAAGUUCUGUUUGAACGCUCUGUUGUUUUCUAUCUACGGCUUCGGGUUGUUUGUUUGUGUGUUUGUUUUUGUACAGAAGUGGUUGUUUACAUCAAUACAAUGACGGCCCGUGUGAUUGGGGCAGAGGUCUUGGAGGAGGCGGGGACUGAGAGAAGUAUUGAUACGAUGUAUAAAUGUUAAAAUAAUAUUGUGAAAUCUCGAAAAAUAUUGAGACUUAAUUUUAAUUUUGUUGCAUUAUUCAUUCUUUAUUAACGUUUAGCAUUUCUUACUAAGGAGCCAUAAUAUAAUGUUACAUAAAGAUGACGUCAUAAUAAACUCUAAAACAGUGAGAAAGAUCAUCAGGAAAAAUCAUUUCAUUAAAGCACACUUUGGAAUAAAUUAAGGCAUUAAACUCUUAAUGUAACUUGUUACAAAAUGACAAAAUUAAUUCAUGAACAUAUUCAGAUCUUUCUUGUAAAAUUACAACUUCUUUCAUAAAUCUGUUCUAUAAAAGUGAAAUUCAUGAUUUACAUUUAUUAAACUUGAGAAAUGUUACUCACAAAAAGAUAAAACACGAUAAAUUUCCCCUUUAUGACGUCAUCCUCGUGUCUUAUGUUACGUUUCAUCCUUUUUGUCAGAAGCUUCUCGUGUUUCAGUUUCAUUUUUCGGUCUGAAUCGUUAAAGUGAGAUUGGAAGAAGUUCAAAGAUGAGUUUAAUGAAUAAAUAUCGCUGAGGUUUAAGGCGAUUAGAAUCGUGUCUCGUCUCCUCCGGACUCCGAAGGCACUGAAAUAAAAACCUCUGGCCCACAAA